UUGGCAGCGGCUGUCGUAGGGGCAGUUGUAGCAGCAGAUUCAGUAUGUCUGGGCGAGGCAAGGGCGGCAAGGGGCUCGGCAAGGGCGGCGCCAAGCGCCACCGCAAGGUGCUGCGCGACAACAUCCAGGGCAUCACCAAGCCGGCCAUUCGCCGUCUGGCUCGGCGCGGCGGUGUCAAGCGCAUCUCGGGGCUCAUCUACGAGGAGACGCGCGGCGUGCUGAAGGUGUUCCUGGAGAACGUGAUCCGCGACGCCGUCACCUACACGGAGCACGCCAAGAGGAAGACGGUCACGGCCAUGGACGUGGUGUACGCCCUCAAGCGCCAAGGUCGCACCCUCUACGGCUUCGGCGCACUUCUUUUGAAGCGGUUCAUCUUUUCGUCCCGCUUCGGCAGCACGGCCUGGAUGUUGGGCAGCACGCCGCCCUGCGCGAUCGUCACCUUGCCCAGCAGCUUGUUGAGCUCCUCGUCGUUGCGGAUGGCGAGCUGCAGGUGGCGGGGGAUGAUGCGCGUCUUCUUGUUGUCGCGGGCCGCGUUGCCCGCCAGCUCCAGGAUCUCGGCCGUCAGGUACUCCAGCACGGCCGCCAGGUACCACCGGGGCGCCGGCGCCCACGCGCUCCGCGUAGUUGCCCUUGCGCAGCAGCCGGUGCACGCGGCCCACGGGGAACUGCAGCCCGGCCCGCGACGAGCGCGACUUGGCCUUGGCGCGCGCCUUCCCGCCCUGCUUCCCCGCGGCCCGGACAUCUUCCCUUACGCGCUCUGCGAACAAAAACUCCCGCUCACACCGACAAACAGCGACUCAAUGAAUCGAGCGAUGGCGCGUACAAAGCAGACUGCUCGUAAGUCGACGGGCGGGAAGGCGCCCCGCAAGCAGCUGGCCACCAAGGCUGCCCGCAAGAGCGCGCCGGCUACGGGCGGCGUCAAGAAGCCGCACCGCUACCGGCCCGGCACGGUGGCGCUGCGCGAGAUCCGGCGCUACCAGAAGUCGACGGAGCUGCUGAUCCGCAAGCUGCCCUUCCAGCGCCUGGUGCGCGAGAUCGCGCAGGACUUCAAGACCGACCUGCGCUUCCAGAGCUCGGCCGUCAUGGCGCUGCAGGAGGCCAGCGAGGCCUACCUAGUGGGGCUCUUCGAGGACACCAACCUGUGUGCCAUCCACGCCAAGCGCGUCACCAUCAUGCCCAAGGACAUCCAGCUGGCCCGGCGCAUCCGCGGCGAGCGCGCAUAGGCCUUAUAAGAACGUCUACUACCUGCGUUGAAAAAGUAUUUAAACCACCCCAAAGGCUCUUUUAAGAGCCACUACAUUCCCAAUAA